AUGAAAGGAAAACGCAGACCGUCAUUUGGUGAUGAUGACAAAAGCAAUGCAAUGAUGCAAAUGUUAUCAACGUUACGUUUAGAUACUACCAUUCAACCAAUUGACCAUGUUAUCAACAACAAUCAGUUCAACAAGACUACUACUACUACUACUACUACAAGCAACCCAUUUGCAACCGUCAUCACCAACAAUCUGUUCACUAAUACAACAAGUAAUCCAUUCGCUAGUGAACAAUUCCAACAACGACCAAAUGAUCAAGAUGUAUUGAAAUUGGUACGUCUCUUAUUAGCGGCCACUACUAUACUAUACAUACAACGAUUAGUUAACAGUAACAGAACUGCAUACUUUACAUUUGAAAAAGUGUCGCUUUUCUUUUCAUCCGUAUAUGCAUCAAGUAUCAAUGAUCGUAUUUCAAUCUUUGAGGAUCAAGAUAAUCAUCAAAAUAAUGCUUUUGGUCUAUGGGUAUCUAUUAUUGACACUGUAUUAUUUGCACUGUCAAAGAUUAAACAACAAUGUUAUUCAGAAUCGUUGAUAUUUGAAACAUUGGAUGCUAUUUGGAGACUACAUUAUAAAGAGAAUAGAGUUAUUAUAAAGACAGAACAGAUCCACAUUUUUUUAUCAAUCUUUAAACAUUAUCAAUUUAAAGAUAAUCAACUACAACUACAACAAGAUAUUACAAAUCUUAUUUAUAAUAAUCUUCCACCUCGAUCACCUAUAUUGAAAACCAAAGAGUUUCAAUUAUUUUUCAAACAAACGAUUGGUAUUUUACUUUUAAAUGCAUAUGACGAUGAUUAUUUUAUUCCACAACGAUUCGAACAAGAUUAUGAUCAAUUCAUGAUUGAUUGGAAUAAGGAAAACUAUAAACCAACUUGUCAACAACCAAAAUCAAGAUUUAUGUUUCUUCAAUCUAUUAGCUUAGAGUAUAGGACUCUAUUCAACUUGGUUUUAGAUUACUUUAAAGUAAUUUUAAAAGAAACAGCGUCAACAACAACAAGUUGGAAAGAUAAAUUAGUUUUUCUUGGUUUGUUAAACUAUAUGGCUUCUUCUGGGCAUCAACACGGUAAUCCAUUUUUAUCUUUAUUAUCAGAUCCAGUUCUCCAAAUUAUGAUCUCAGGGUUAAAUCAAGAUAAUGUACUGGUUCAUUUAGAGUUGUUUAAAUUUCUAUUCAAAUUUGAUUACACUGUCAUUUAUGGAUCUAUGUUUAGAUUGAUUGUAAAUGAUGUUUGGAAGGGAAUCGUCAAAAGAAAAGAAGAAUCUGUACAACCUCGUAUUCUUUUUACCCUAUGUACCUUUAUUAAAGAUACUGGAGACCUAUCAUUUUAUCUAGAUGUAACAGAUGAAAUAUUUGAAAGAUCGUUACAAUCUGAUACAUAUGUUGCCCAAUAUGCAAAAACAUUGAUUAUUGAACAACCACACAUAGCUGGUCCAAGAUUGUUACCAUCCAUUUUGAGCUUUUUGGACCAUUCUGAUGGAGAAUACCGUACCGACAUGGUGUUUCAAUAUUUUGGCAGACACAAAUCAACAAUCUUCAACAACAGAAAAUACUUAAAGAUUAUUAUGACUCGGCUUUUAUUGGUACAACUUGAUAUUCAAGCGAUCGAUCUAUUUAUUUACAAUCUAUUUGAUUGGAUAUUUCUAUCUGAAUCUUUUGCAACGAAUUUGGUCAUUUAUCUUCCGUUCAUUCUGAAGAGAAUAUUAGACAGACCAACCACGGAUGAAAAAAGACUUGUUAAAUUUUGUGAAAAGUUGCCACCAAACUUUUUAUAUCCAUACAUUAAUCAUCAACAACAAACAACAACAAAUCAAUACUUUCAACAAUUACUCGAUUUAUUUACCAUUUCCCAUGGUGAAAUACAACCAGAACUAGUCAAAAGUUUGAUUGAACAUGCACAACUGACAGGCAUUUCAAUAUCUAUUGAACAAAAAACACAAAUAAUGGAUUGGAUUAAAAAUGGAAUCUUUAUUGUCCACGAUCAGAUCAAGAAUCUUGAUCCCAAUAGCAAUUUGCCAGGAACUCAAUUGGACAAACUUCGACAAUACUCUGAAUUCAUUCAUCAAAUUGCAUCACUUGAUCAAGAUAAUGAUUGCAAUCAAUAUUUAGAAAUUGGAAUUUAUCAUGUCGAACAAAUGUUGGAAAGCAUUAGAAGAGUUGCGUUGUUCGUCAAUGACAAGGAAUGUACUUUAAGUUUGGUAGCAAGUGCUUUCUUUUUCUAUGAACUAUUCAAAACUAUUGACUUUUCUUGUCAAGCAAAGAAUAUCUGGUCCAGUCAUUUCAACAAAUAUCUCAGAGAUAAUAUUAAAAAUGAUGAUCAUUAUCAAUCGUUGUUAUUCUUGACCAAACUCAAUCAACCAUAUUAA